UCUAGUCUAAAACUAGAUUCUAUGAAGGACUCUUGAUCCCUUCAUUCUUUUAAUAUCACCCCUAUUUAUUUCCGUUGUUCUCACAAAUAUCUUCGAGCAGUCGUCGAUUGAUGGCCGCGGGGUAGAAGAUUUGCUAUUCCGAAGAUGCGCAAUCUUAAAACCGUGCGCCUCGCUGAGGUGCAACUUCAGACUGAGCUCCCUUUAACUGCUACGGCUUGGGACACUGCUUCAGAUGCUGUCAUUUGUACCUUUGGUCCGACAGCGACCGCCGCAGUUAUCGAGCUGCGAAGAAAGCGUCACGACGCCUAUUUCUCAGAGCCUGUAGGAGCCGAUGUAUUCGAGUGCAUCGCAUCCUGGGAUGCGCCAUGCCCGCUUCCCGAGCUGGAGUGCGAUCGCGUACUUUCCCUGCACUAUUUCGCGGAUAACCUGACUGCCUGCCUGGUGUUGGAAGGCGGCGAUAUCAUUAUUGUCCGCGAAGAGCCUCUCCCCGGCGAGGAUAAGAUCGAGAUAGUGGGCUCGGUCGAUGUUGGUAUCACAGCUGCCGCUUGGUCGCCUGACGAGGAGCUUCUGGCCUUGACUACUCGGGCCAACACAUUUCUGUACAUGACAAGAGAGUUCGAAAAUGUUGCCGAGAUCACCUUCACCCCAGAAGACCUCAAGGCUUCCCAGCAUGUCUCCGUGGGCUGGGGCAAGCGCGAGACUCAAUUCCAAGGUAAACGGGCCAAGGCUCUCCGUGACCCUACCGUUCCUGAACAUGUUGACGAGGGCAAACUAAGCGCCAACGAUGAUGGAAGAACCACUAUCACAUGGCGUGGAGAUGGUGCCUAUGUCGCUGUGAACAGUGUUGAGGCCGGCGUCCGCCGCGCCAUUCGAGUUUACUCACGUGAAGGAACUUUAGAUAGUAUCAGUGAACCAGUUGAUGGCCUGGAAGGUGCCCUUAGCUGGAGACCCUUCGGUAACCUAAUUGCCGGCAUUCAGCGACGCGAGGAUAGGAUAGACGUCGUCUUCUUUGAAAGGAAUGGCCUGCGCCAUGGCGAGUUUACCCUCCGUCUAACAGAAGAAGAGCGCUUGACAUGGGCUGCCGAUAUCUCAUUGAGUUGGAAUGUCGAUUCCACUGUUCUUGCCGUUCAACUCAAAGACCGGGUUCAAUUCUGGACCAUGGGCAAUUACCACUACUAUUUGAAGCAGGAAAUCCCCGUUGUUGUAAACUCCCACUCUGCCAAUCCCUACACUUUCAAGUGGCAUCAAGAGAAGGCCCUGCGGUUCUUCACUGGCGCUGCUGAGUCGAUGUUGGAUGUGGAAUUCGUCUUUGACGUUGCUAAUGGGUCUACUGCAAGCCCGGGUGAUGUUGGUGCAGUUGGUGUUGUGGACGGGAAAAUUUUGAAGUUGACCCCAUUGAGACUGGCGGGUGUUCCGCCCCCUAUGGCCCAUAAUGAGUUGGCGCUUGAUUCAAAUAUCAUUGACGUGGCAUUCAGCAAGUCAGGAACGCGAAUCGCUAUCCUCGAGAAUGAUCGUUUCUCCGUCUACCUCUGGAACCUUAAGGCUAGACCAGUCCCCAUGCCCAUCCUUGAAUCUAGCUAUCCACUCUCGGAUGCUCCGGACAGUCGGCCUCGUCAAAUUGCCUUUAUACAUGAGACUGAAGUCUACGUCCUCAAAAGCAAUGGACCCAGCAGCACCUGCAUAGAGCGGACUACGCUUGAGACUCGCGAGACCAGGGUUGCCUACCAAGCAGCCGACUCAGAGCAGAUUAUCUCGAUGUUCGCAUCUCUUGGACAUGAGUCGCUGUGGUUUUCUCACAGUCUAGGAACAAACCAACCAAUUACAUACUCUUACAUCUCAAUCCCGUCUCCAGAUCAGUUUGACGCCAUUCCAUGGAGCCAGAGCCCUCCUGUUGAUACGUACUGGGCCGAAGCUGUGCAAAUCUCCGAAGAUGAGACUCUUCUUGUCUCCAUGACCAAGUCGGGCGCUCUUUACGCGAAUAACACUCUUCUUGCUAAGAACUGCACCUCCUUCAUGAUCACACAAGCUCAUAUCGUUUUCACCACCUCCCUACAUCUCAUCAAAUUCGUGCACCUCACGAGGGCGGAAGAGUUGGAUGUACCUCCAGAUACCCCGGAAACCGAUGAACGCUGCAGAAGCAUUGAGCGCGGAGGACGCCUGGUCACAGUAAUGCCUUCGACAUUUGCUGUCAUCUUGCAGAUGCCCCGCGGCAACCUCGAGACCAUCUAUCCCAGAGCUCUUAUUUUGGCUGGCAUCCGCUCAUUUAUUGACCGCAAGAAUUACCGCGCUGCGUUCCUGACCUGCCGUAGUCAAAUGGUGGACAUGAAUAUUAUCCAUGAUUAUGCACCUGAGCAGUUCAUGGAGAACAUCCAACUUUUCAUUGAUCAGGUCAAAAGAAUUGACUUCAUUGAUGAAUUUAUCUCUCGUUUGAGUGAGGAGGAUGUGUCGCAGACAUUGUACAAAGAUACACUCAAAAAGAAGGCCGAAGCGCCCGCCGUUGCUGCUAUACCCGCACCUUCCAGCAAGAGCAGUAAAGUCAACCGGAUCUGCGAUGCCUUCCUGACCACUCUCGAGAAGCGUCUGGAUACCAACCUUCACAAUCUGAUAACUGCUCACGUCUGCAAGUCCCCGCCUGACCUAGAGGCCGGUCUUCAGCUGGUCGCACGCUUGAGGGAGCAAAGUUCCGAGCAAGCCGACGACGCCGUAGAGCAUAUGUGCUUCCUGACUGAUGCCAACCGCUUGUACGACAAUGCACUCGGUUUAUAUGACCUCGAGCUUACUUUGCUUGUCGCGCAGCAAGCCCAGAGAGACCCCCGCGAGUAUCUCCCAUUCUUGAGAAAGCUACAGCAGAUGCCCGAGCUUCGUCGCCAGUUCGAGAUCGAUAAUUACCUUGGACGCACCUCAAAGGCGCUGAAACACCUCCAUGCGCUGAACGCGCACGAGGAGCUCCGAGCUUAUGCCAUCAAGCACACGCUAUACAAGGACGCCAUCGAUCUGUACAGAUACCAGCCCGAGCAACUACGUGAUAUCAGUCACCUCUAUGCGGACCACCUUUCCGACCGAUCCAAGUACAAGGAAGCAGGCAUUGCCUACGAAUCCCUCUCCCUCUACACCGACGCCUACAAAUGCUACCACCUCGCCCACCUCUGGCGCGAAUCGAUCUACUGCGCCACGAUGGUGCCCCUGUCCGCCGAGGAACUCGCCACGCACGCCAGCACCCUGGCGGCCACGCUCACUGAAGAGACAAAGGACUACAUCUCCGCCGCCCAGAUCCACGCAGACCACCUGCGCGACAUCCCCACUGCCGCCCGCCUCCUCUGCCGCGGGUCCAAGUUCUCCGAGGCGACGCGCCUCCUCGCACUCCACGGACAGGCCUCACUGAUCCCGGAGAUCGUCGACGGCGGUCUCUCAGACGCCAUGGGCGCCAUGACCGACCUCCUCGCGGACUUCCGCAACCAGCUCAACGCCCAGGUCCCGCGGAUCCGCGAGCUGCGCGUGCGACGCGCCACAGACCCGCUGGCCUACUUCGGCGGCGACCCCACGCUCGGUGGUGGCGCUGGCGACGGCAACAUCGACAUCCCCGAUAACGUGUCGCUAGCGCCCACCGACGCGUCCACGCUGGCCGGCCGCUCCAUGUUCACCCGCUACACGGGCAACACCGGCAAGACCGGCAAGACGACCUCGUCGCGCCACACCUCCAAGACCCGCCGUAAGGAGGAGCGCAAGCGCGCCCGCGGCAAGAAGGGCACCGUCUACGAGGAGGAGUAUCUCGUCAACAGUGUGCGGCGCCUCCUGGAGCGCGCCAACGCCACCGUCGCCGAGGUGGAGGUGCUCGUCGAUGCGUUGCUGCGUCGGGCUAUGCGCGAGCGCGCCGCCGCUAUCGAGAAGGCCAUGCAGGAGGUGCUGAAGCUGUGCACGGAGAGUCGGGAGGAGGUGUUCGGCGCUCUGGUCGUGGAUGGCAACGGGGCCAAGGAUGCGCCCGCGGAUGGGGCUGGGGCUGAGGUCGACAUUGCGGAGUUCGGUGCGGGCUUUGGCGGAGAACAGAUGCCAGGGAUGGGCGGAGGCGGAGGCGGGAGGAGCGUAUUCUGGGACAGCGUCACCGCCACGGCUAACGUCGGCAAGGGCAAGGAGGUGCCGGCCGUCAAGGAGUUGAAGCUGUCGGCUUUGCUGAACUGAUGACAUCUUGCAACUGUGGCGCAACUUCGGAAUCCAUUGGGCGGAAUCAGUAAAGCAGUUGCAUGGUUCACCCUGUCUGUCUUUCUUCUCUGCUGUCUUUCGUCUUCUCUGUCUACGGUUUGGGAAAGGGUAUAUAUAAAAAAGGAUAGAAUCUUUGGUUGGUGAACCAGCG